GUGGCUAAGUUUAGGUAGGAGUCAGAAGAAGCAAUGAAAUUGUUAAGAUUUGCUGGUCUAGUUUUCAUUUUUAUCACAACCUUCCAAUUUGUGAACAUUCGUUAUUUUGGUGGUUCUAUAUUCUCUUUAUCUUCUCAAGAUAAGUUUCCAGUAUCAUCAUCAAUCGAUGUAACCACAGAACUCGUAAGGACGUUGUCUGGUCCUGAAAGAUUGAAUUUUAGUAGUUCGAGAUCCGUUGAGGUAGAUGAAGAUGAAAGCACCGGUUUAGAAGAAGACCAUGUGAUUGGUUCUGAUAAGAAUGACACUGUUCAAGCCCAUGAGAGUUUCAUAGAGGAUGUCAAAGAUAAGGAAACUCUUGAUUUGCUUCCAGGAACUAGGAGCAGCUCAAACGAGAGUUACGAGAAAAUAGUAGAAGAUGCUGAAACUGCUUUUGAAAAUACUAGGAAAGUGGAGAUUCUGGAGAGCAAGACUGAUCCAUCUGUUGAUAAUCUUUCCUCAGAGGUGAAAAAGUUUAUGAAGGUUUCAAAUUCUGGGGUGGUUUCUAUCACCGAGAUGAUGAAUUUACUGCAUCAAAGCCACACUUCUCAUGUCUCGCUGAAAUUAAAACGGUCUUCCACAGUUGAUCAAGAGCUGUUAUAUGCAAGAACUCAAAUUGAGAACCCACCGCUGAUAGAGAACGACCCUUUACUGCAUGCUCCUCUGUAUUGGAAUCUGUCCAUGUUCAAAAGGAGCUACGAGCUAAUGGAGAACAAGCUCAAAGUAUAUGUCUACAGGGAAGGCAAAAGACCCGUACUGCAUAAGCCGGUGCUAAAAGGAAUAUAUGCUUCUGAGGGAUGGUUUAUGAAACAGCUCAAGUCCAGCAGAACAUUUGUCACAAAAGACCCACGUAAAGCUCACCUAUUUUAUCUUCCUUUCAGCUCCAAAAUGUUGGAAGAAACUCUGUAUGUCCCAGGUUCUCACAGCGAUCAGAAUCUCAUUCAGUUUUUGAAGAACUUCCUGGACAUGAUAUCUUCGAAAUAUAAUUUCUGGAAUAAAACUGGAGGAUCAGAUCAUUUUCUUGUUGCUUGCCACGACUGGGCUCCUUCCGAGACGAGGCAGUACAUGGCCAAGUGCAUCAGAGCAUUAUGCAAUUCUGAUGUUUCAGAAGGUUUUGUGUUUGGUAAAGAUGUAGCUCUUCCUGAGACAACUAUUCUUGUUCCAAGGAGACCGCUUAGGGCUCUCGGAGGCAAACCUGUUUCACAAAGACAAAUACUUGCCUUCUUUGCUGGUGGAAUGCACGGUUACCUUAGACCUCUCCUAUUACAAAACUGGGGAGGUAACAGAGAUCCAGACAUGAAAAUAUUCAGUGAGAUACCCAAAUCUAAAGGAAAAAAGAGUUACAUGGAGUACAUGAAGAGCAGCAAGUAUUGCAUCUGCCCAAAAGGGCACGAAGUCAAUAGCCCUCGGGUCGUGGAGGCAUUGUUCUAUGAGUGUGUCCCGGUUAUCAUAUCUGAUAACUUUGUACCUCCCUUCUUCGAAGUUCUGAACUGGGAGUCUUUUGCGGUAUUUGUCUUGGAGAAAGAUAUUCCUGAUUUGAAGAACAUAUUAGUGUCCAUAACUGAGGAAAGGUAUAGAGAGAUGCAGAUGAGAGUCAAGAUGGUGCAGAAGCAUUUCCUUUGGCAUUCUAAACCCGAGAGAUUCGAUAUAUUUCAUAUGAUACUUCACUCCAUUUGGUACAAUAGAGUUUUUCAAAGUUAAAACCACAUAGUAGGUUUGUGACUGUAGAGCAAGUAAGUAACAGAGAUUCAUUUGUUAAUAUAGCAAAAGGUGGGUU